AUGGAGCAUCAUCAGCGCAACACCAUAUUGACGAGACCCGGGAAUGCAAGAUUAGGAGCAUAUAUCUUUCCUAAUAAUGGCAAUAACAACCAACUUUCCCAAGAGUCUCAUGAUCUUGCCAUAAGGAAGGUUCGAGAAGCCGAUGAUGAUGCUGCAUGGACGCAAUUGCAUCCCAAAGACUCACAACAGCCAAAGGGUACCACAACGCCAGUAAUUUUCAAGGUGGACUCUGCCACAUCAUCACUGUCAUCUCCUUCUGAAGCCGGGAUUAUCCGACCGCCGUGCUCGAAACGGUCACAAACCAACAAGACGAAAUCCAAACCAAAAGGUUCUGGUGACGCAGAGAAGCGGAAUGAUGAUGAAAAUCCAGUCAUGACAUUACAGAAACUAAUGUCGAAAAGGACGCGGAGAGCCAAAGAAUCGCCAUUUCGGAUAGAGUCCGAGCCUCCUCAGCAACCGCAAGAAGUUCAAUUCCGUGGUUCUUUUGCGGAUAUUGAUCUGUCCACAAGUAAUCGAAGAGCAAGAGCAAGGCAUACUGAAAACGAAACAUCCAAGCUACAAAAAGGAAGGGAUACAAGUGGAAGAAUGCUAAAGAUGCCACCAAUGUAUCACACAGUAAUUGCCGACACUCGAUAUCCGCAACCCCAAGAUACACUAGAUGACGUAUUCAACGUACUGGAGCAUGCGAUAUGUCCAAACCCAAACGUCUCUAUGAAAAAGGAUGCUUUGGAUGUUUUCUUUGGUGCAGCCGAAAAGAUGUUGUGUGGCCCGGAUCCACGAUAUGCCUAUCAGCGCAAGAGAAUCGAACCUGACGACGACGAGGAGGACGAUCAAGAGGAAGAACGGGAGGAGAAACAUGUGCUCCUUCGCAAAGCAAUCGACGAGAAGCACGUGCUCACCAAGUACCCACGUCUCAUUGCCGAGGGAGCCAAAAGCAAGAAUUAUGAUGUUGUAGUAGCAGCGGCAGAGGCAGCUUCCCAAUUGACACUUGGAGCUCCCAAUGUCAUUUCUCCUCCAUCCGCCAAACUUCUACAACUCCAAGAAGAAUCUCACCGCGAAAUGAUAACACCCGAAGACCUUUUGGACGUCAUUUGCAAUCACGUGGAGGCCGCCUCUUGCAAGCCUUCAAACCGGUCCGCCGUAUUAUCGCAUGCGCAACACAAGCGACUGCCAAAGAAGGACGUUUUGGACUUGAUUUGCGAAGGGGUGGAGCACCAAGUUUGCGGCGCGGCAACCUUGGCGGCUUCGGAGGAGGAAAUGAUGAUCACCUUUGAUGAUCCAGAGGAAGAAAAACGACAAGCCUUGCAACGUUUAUUCAAGCCACCGGCCCGUAAAAAGGGCAACCAACCCCCACACCAGGUCAGUACCAUUACUCCUCCAGCUAUGAAUCGCAAAAUGCCAGCCAUUCCACAAGCGAAUACCAUUAUUCCACCAGCAUUGAUGAGACGGCAAGCCGCAUCGAGGCGGGACUUACGGUGUAGCCAAUUUGUCGAAGAAUCAAGAGAAGAGACAGAACAAGCUUUGCACUGUGUCAAAAAGAGUGAUAGCAGGGAUACCAAACAUCAAAGGAGACUGGGGCAAAGCAGCGACAAGAAAUCAACAGACAAAAUAAAGAAACGAACCGCAGCAAAGUCGAAAAGGGAUCCUCCCCCAACAAAUAAUGAUGAACAAAAUAUCGAGAGAAAGUCUCCCAAUACGGACCCCGAAGUCGUCGUUCCACAAGAUGGAACGAACCUCGAGAGAGGAGAGCAUUGGGCUCACAUGACUUCGAGCCACAUGGUCGUGGCGGUCAAGGAUGAUGCGAGGCGACGCUGGGCUUGCGCAGCCAAUCGGUGGUUUUGGCAAAUGGGCAGCACGACUACCUUUUCUCGACUAUUCAUGCCGACCGCCACCACGAUUACACUAUCGCCAGCCUUGGACAUGACUAUGCUUUCCCAACAUAUAUGCCGUUACGCCCUACAAUCAACAAUUUGCUUGUUAAUACUCUAUCUCACCUAUCACAUCAUUGUCACUCCCACACCACCUUCGACCGCGGCCGGUUCAGGAGGCCCAACCUUUGACCUCCAAGACUACACUGUCCCAGCACCUGUGUGUGCCAUCACUGGUGAUGAUAAUGUCCAGUGCGACUUUACCGGUAUUGUCCCCGCUACUGGAAAACUUGUCUACUCCAUCACAGGCUUUGAUGCCUGUGAAGGAACUGCCACUCGUGACUCCCUCAUGUCCCUUUCCGCUACAGCCGCAGCUGCGGCUGAUGGAGCCAGCAGUGUCACUAUUGACCUCACCACCGACUUCAACUUGGCCAGUGGGGCGAACGAAGCCUUUCAGUUCUGCUUGUUGACCAGCUUGCAGGAUGGCAGCGGAAAUGAAAUGGUCUACCAGGGCCAAAAGAUCAGCGCCACCUUCGUUGCUGAUGGCGAUUUCACCGUUUCCAAUAUCGCCGCCGAAGAGUUUGAUGGAAUCAGUGGGGUUGUGGCCGACGACCAAAAGACCUUUGGAAUCGACGCCUACCGAUGCACCAUCGACCGUACCCCCCUCGCCACUGCUGGUGCGUUGGCCGUUGGAACCACCCUGUUCAUCUGCAUUGACUCUACUGAUGACAGCGCUGUGAUUGAUUCUGUCAACACCUUCGUGGGCCGAAAGAAUUCCGAGGAGAUCGACUUGUUGUCAGGUAACACUGAAGUGCUCGGAGCUGGAACAGGUGCAGUUACAAUUGGAAGCCGUCCGUUUGCCAGUUUCUUUGCCAAUACCGACCCCUUGGAAAUUUUUGGCACUGUGAGUUUGGACGUUACUGACAUCAACGGUACAAAUCGUCGUCAGUUGCUUCGCGUCUUGCAAAGUAGUCAGUCGGAGGAGUUUGAGCUGAAGGUUGAAUUGGAGGCGGUUGAGGAAUCUUCGGCUUCUACUUCAGGCUUUGGAACUACCGCUGUUGCAUUGUUGGGUGCCGUUGCUGCUGCCGUCUUGUAA